GGGAGUUCGCUGUCGUACAUUGGUGUCAGUUCAGUGUCAGCUGGUCGUUUCGUCAGAUGGUAUCGUGAAUCCUGUAAUAUCACAUCGAUCAUCGUGCCGAAGAAAGCCAUUCAAGAUGAGCGGGGGAAUGCCAGAAUUGGGUUCGAAGAUUAGUUUAAUAUCGAAGGCAGAUAUUCGUUACGAGGGCCGACUCUUUACUGUUGAUCCUCAAGAAUGCACGAUUGCUCUGGCUAAUGUACGUUCUUUCGGAACUGAGGAUAGAGAAACGCAACUUCCUGUGGUAUACAAAAACUUAAUUAUUGUUUAA